UGAUUACGACGCGUAGCGCAAAUACUUCACAAUAUUCCCAAUUGGUUGAAUUAAUCCUUUACACCUUAGCUUAUUUUAAUGGCGUCUAUAUAUAUAAUAUCAAAUCAUAGAAUCACAUUACAUUCUAAAACCUUCUACUGAGAAAAUCAACUGUUCUUCUUCUUCAUACUCUCUUUCUUUCUUUCUCUCCUUAUUUUUGAGGAGAGAAAUUCUUAAAAAGUACCCUGAAAAUUUGAUUAUCAUUGAAAGAAAAGAAACUACUCAGAAGCUCAUUUUUCUGUACUUUUUCCAAUCAUCAUUUUUCAGUCACCCUUUACUUGAAUUUUAUCAAUUUUCCACUUUUCUUUUUCUGGGGAUUUUUGUCUAAAGAUUUCCCACUUUUCUGGGUUUUAGCUAUUUUAAAGAAUUUUGUGACUGGGUUUCUAUUUUGAGGAUGAAGAACACUCGAUUUCGUGUUCUUUUUAAUGGAAUUUCAACUGUUGUGUUUCUCAUUUUCAUGUAUAAUUCCAACUUUGGUGAAAAAUGGAAGUUGGGAAGUGGGGUUUAUGGUGGUGGAAUUCAUCAAAUUGGGGGAAAACAUGGCAGAAUUAUUACAGAAAUUCAUGGGAUUUCAUCAAAUGUUAGUAAGGCUACUUUGUCUGAUUACAAAAUUUGUUCCCAGAUUUUUAAGCAUGAAGGUUAUCAGAACAGCUGUGAUUAUGUUCUUGCUCACCCAGAAUGUAAUUCAGGUGGUUAUUUCAAUUACAUCAAAUUUAUUUACUGUGAUUGCAAGAAAUUCUCCAUUUUUGGGUACUUAAUUCUUGCUAUUUGGCUUGCUGUACUGUUCUAUUUGUUGGGAAAUACUGCUGCAGAUUACUUUUGUUGUUCAUUAGAAAAACUUUCAGAACUUCUGAAAAUGUCUCCUACUGUUGCUGGUGUUACUUUGCUUCCUUUUGGUAAUGGGGCACCUGAUGUUUUUGCUAGCAUUGCUGCUUUCAUGGGCCGGGGUUCCGGCGACGAUGUCGGAAUUAAUAGUGUAUUGGGUGGUGCUGUGUUUGUUACUUGUGUUGUUGUAGGAGUUGUUUCACUUUUUGUUGCAGAUAAGAGGGUACAAAUUGAUAAGACAUGUUUUAUAAGGGACUUGUGUUUUUUUCUUUUUAGUAUAGCUUGCCUUACAUUGAUUUUGUUGAUUGGUGAAGUUGGUAUUUGGGGUGCUAUAGCAUUUGUGUCAAUAUAUGUGGUUUAUGGCUUGUAUGUUGCUGUAACUGAGAUUAUAAAUAAGAAGGGUAGGGGUUCGAAAUUGGAUGGAUUGACACCAUUGCUUCCUGUGGUUGGGAGUUUCUUUUCGUCGUGUAAUGGUGAGGGGGAGGGUGAUCAAUCAAUGUAUGCUUCGUUGCUUAGUCCUGAUAGCCAUGAUAAUUCGCCUGAGGUGCCCUCGAAACUGCCUCAUUGGAUAUGGAAUGUUAAUGUUGCAAUCUAUUCAGAUUAUACUAAGUCUGGUGUAGAAGAUAGCUCUAGGCCUUUGUGGGGUUGGAAUGAUGAGGGGGAAAUGAAUGUAGAAUCACCAUGUUCAUUUUCUACAUUAUUUUCAAUUUUGGAGAUACCUUUAAGUAUUCCUAGACGUUUGACAAUUCCUAUAGUUGAGGAGGAAAGAUGGUCUAAGGUGUAUGCUAUUGCCAGCGCGUUUUUAGCCCCCGUUCUACUGGCUGUUCUGUGGAAUACGCAGGAAGAGAUUGUUCCUAUGAGUGGGAAAAUUGCUUAUUUCAUUGGUGUUUCUGCUGGCUGCAUCUUCAGUGUACUUGCCUUUCUGUACACAUGUCCUGAGCACCCACCUCGUAGGUUCUUGUUCCCUUGGGUUUUUGGUGGAUUCUUCAUGAGUAUCAUAUGGUUCUACAUUGUAGCAAAUGAGCUUGUUGCUCUGCUUGUUUCGUUGGGUACAAUAUUUGGUGUCAACCCAUCAAUUCUUGCUCUAACCAUAUUGGCCUGGGGGAAUUCAAUGGGUGAUCUAAUGUCAAACACUGCUCUUGCAAUGAAUGACAGAAACGGAGUGCAGAUCGCUAUGUCAGGAAGCUAUGCAGGACCUAUGUUUAAUACACUGAUCGGUUUAGGAAUUUCUUUGGUGCUUGCAGCAUGGUACAAGGGUUCAGAACCUUAUGUAAUUCAACAAGAUAAUGGUUUGUUCAUCACUGUGGGAUUCCUCGCAGCAGGUCUUAUAUGGGCUCUAAUCGUUUUGCCCCAAAGUGAUAUGCGCCCUAAUAGGAUUUUAGGUGUUGGCCUCAUAAUCAUAUAUGGUAUCUUUCUGUCUCUUCAGGUCAGCAUCGCCGUGGUUUCAGGGUCACAGUCGAUUUAGGUUCUGUGUUGCUGUGUACAUAAUAGAUAGACUCUUGGCUAUAAUGUAUGCCGCCUCUUGUACAGUUACUAAAUACGAAGUACUAGGUAUUUUUUGGACUUGGUUCUUCAAUUUCUGAUACCAAGCCAUCUUAAUGGAAGGAAUCUGUUGCCUUUUGUAAUUG